AUGAAUUCACGUGUCAUCUUCUUCUUAUGCUCGGUUGCUGUUUUCUUACUCAUGGUUUCAUCAUCUGUUGUCAUGGCUGAUGAUCAAUAUUAUCCGAAAGCCAGGAAAAUAUCGAACGGUGCCUGGCUGUCAGCUCAACAUUUUCAACCAUUGGACAAACGUGGUCGCUUCGUUUUUCGUGACGCAGCUAAUGCACAUCAUUAUGAUCCAAACAAUGAUUAUCGUUUCAUGAAUGAUGAUGCUCAAGAUGCUGACUCAAGUGUUGAUAAACGAAAUUGGCGAUUAUGA